CGAGUUCCGUCAGCAUGUCGCAGCAGAAGCAAAAAUCGCAGGAGUCCAAUCCGAACGCCAGGUGGCGCCUGCCAGGACACCAGAGAAGCGCGAUAGCCUGCUUCUUUGGCGAACUUGUGGCGACUGCCGUCUUCGUGUUCGUCGCCUGCAUGGGCUGUGUGGAAACGCCGCUCUUCCAGAACUCGCACUUCCGCAGUGGGCUCACCUUCGGCCUGGCCAUCCUCAUUGCCAUCCAGUGCUUUGGCUCCGUGUCCGGUGCCCACUUGAAUCCGGCCAUCACCCUGGCUGCCUGGCUGUACGGCGUGAUCGGCUGGAUCAGGGCCAUCGCCUACUUCGUGGCCCAGGUGGCCGGCGCCCUCAUAGGCUAUGGUCUGCUGGUGGCUGUUCUGCCGGAGAGCUCCAUCAAGGGAGUGGACAACCCGGCGGGUGUUUGCGUGACUGUUCUGGGCCCCGGGAUCAGCGAGCUUCAGGGGGUCUUCAUCGAGUUCCUCAUCACCUGCUGCCUGGUCAUGGUGGCAUGCUCGGUGUGGGAUCCGCGGAACGCCAGGCUCAAGGACUCGGUGCCCGUGAGAUUCGGCCUGACCGUCUCCUGUCUGAUCCUCACAGCGGGCCUCUUCACGGGAGCCAGCAUGAAUCCGACCAGGUCCCUGGGUCCCGCUGUCUGGAACGACUCCUGGGCAUACCACUGGAUCUACUGGGUGGGUCCUCUGGUGGCCGGAGCUGUGACUUCGCUGAUCUAUCGAUUGGCUUUUAAGGGCGACGAGGAGAUCGACCUGAGAAGCUCCGAUGACAAGAUACGAAUGAUCGGCGAGGUUGUUGUAGUGCAAUAGGUGUGAAUCGAAUCUUAACGAAUAAACAAUAAACAAUACGUGUUGUAAUGAUAGAGCAACAGAA